AUGUCGGGGUGCCUGUGGGGCGCGGCGGCGCUGCUGGAGGCUCUGGGCCGGCUGUGGGAAGUGCAAGCGCCUCUAGGCAGCGGCUCCUCGGCUUCCGUCUACCGGGUGCGCUGCUGUGGGGACCCGCGGGCCCCCCCGGGCGCCGUCAAGGAGUUCGUGCCGCCCCAGCCACGGCCCGGUCCCUCGCGCCGCCCCGGCGCCCGGCCGGCCGCCGACUGCGCCGAGUACGGCUUCCGCAAGGAGCGCGCGGCGCUCGAGCACCUCCGCGGGCACCGCAACAUCGUGACGCUGUAUGGUGUGUUCACCAACCACUACUCUGCACAUGGCCCAUCUCGUUGUCUCCUCCUGGAGCUGCUGGACAUCAGUGUGUCCGAGCUGCUGCUGCAUUCCAGCAAUCAGGGCUGCUCCAUGUGGAUGAUCCAGCACUGCGCCCGAGACGUUCUUGAAGCCCUGGCAUUCCUGCACCACAAAGGCUAUGUGCAUGCAGACCUCAAGCCACGCAACAUCCUGUGGAGUGCAGAGGAGGAGUGCUUUAAGCUCAUUGACUUUGGACUUAGCUUCAAAGAGGGGAAUCAGGAUGUGAAAUAUAUUCAAACAGAUGGGUAUCGGGCUCCAGAGGCAGAACUACAGAACUGCCUGGCGCAGGCAGGGCUCCAGAGCGAAACAGAGUGUACCUCUGCUGUGGAUCUGUGGAGUCUGGGAAUCGUUUUACUGGAAAUGUUCUCAGGAAUGAAACUGAAACAUACAGUCCAAUCUCAGGAAUGGAAGACAAACAGUUCUGCCAUCAUUGAUCGCAUAUUUGCCAGUGAAGGGGUGGUUAAUUCAGCCAUUCCAGCUUAUCACCUCAGAGACCUUAUCAAAAGCAUGCUUCAUUGUGACCAAGAAAAGCGAGCCUCUGCUGAGAAGGCUUUAUGCAGCCCAUUCUUCAGCAUUCCCUUUGCUCCUCAUAUUGAAGAUUUGGUGAUGCUCCCCACACCUGUGCUGAGGCUGCUAAAUGUUCUAAGUGAUGCUUCUCUACAGUGCGAAGAAGAAUAUGAAGAUAUCGUGGAAGACAUAAGGGACGAGUGUCAGAAAUAUGGACCAGUGGUUUCCUUGCUUAUUCCAAAGGAGAAUCCUGGUAAAGGCCAAGUCUUUGUUGAAUAUGCAAAUGCUGGUGAUUCCAAAGCUGCCCAAAAAAUGCUGACUGGAAAGAUUUUUGAUGGCAAGUUUGUUGUGGCUACAUUUUACCCACUGAGUGCCUAUAAGAGAGGAUAUCUGUACCAAAACUUGCUGUAAGCAGUAGCAACAAUCAGAAGAGUAGUCUUGAUCCUCUUCCUCAUGUGUUUUACAGUUGAAUGUACAAAAGAGCUUCCUAGCCCUGCUUUUGAGUCAUCUGUGAAGGAGAGAUGCAAGAACUUAACUGGGCUUUGAAACCUUUACUGCUGCUUUGUGGUGUGCAGAGGAGGCUGAGAUGGCUUUCAGCGUGUGCUUGUUUGUGUUGUGCUUGCUCAUUUACAUUGAGUGGCUUUGCCCUUGCAGGUGCUCUGGUGGCAGUAGUGGUGAUUGGGAGCCUGGGAGGCUGAGCAGAUCUUGGCAAGCGCUUUUAAAUGAUUUGAAGCAAGACUUGAUGCUUUCACAUAAAAAAUCUACUCUCCUCCAGUGCUAGGGAGGAGGAAGAAGGCUUCCCUGCCUUUUGUUGAUAUCUGUGAUAAAGAAGCAGAAUCGCCAUCCUCUCUAAACUACACCAGGAAGACUUUUGAGUCUUCAUAUCACGUAGAGCAGAGAGAGGCAGUUGAAAUCAUCUGCUGAGCCUAUGGCAUUACCCUGUUGCCAUCUUGUGACCCAGGAAGAGCCAUCCAUUUGACCCUGCACAGAUGGCAUCCUGGGCUUAGGCAGUGCGGGUGGCGCUGCCUGUGGUGAUCUGAACUUGCUUGUAUGUCUGGGCUAGGCAGGGACUGAUGAUGGGUAUGUGUUGUCAGAGCAGUGCCAGCCUCAGUCCCAACACAAUCUGUAAGCACUUUGUAACCUGAGUGAUGUGAAAACCCUGUCAUGUGGAAUCAUCUUUCUAACACAUACCCUGUUCUGGCACUGAUGCUCCCUAGCUCUGAUGCCAAAUAAUUUGUAAUAUGUGUCUUUAGGUGAUACUUAUGGAAAAGAAUGCUACAGCAUGCAGUAUUCUUUGUGUCUCAGCAGGACUCCUGCCCUGCGAAUCUUUAAAGAAGGAACAAAUACUUGUCUGUCAUAGGUCCCACACUUGACUUUUCUGUGUUGUGUGUUUUGGUUUUGCAUUAACUAUUAGACUUGUAGAUUAGAAGCACUGACACUUUUGGUCCUUCGUAGGUUACACAAAGGGCCUGAGGCAAUCUGAGAUCCUCUAUGGAAAGGGCUUGGUCAGUCAUCAGACUUGACUGGCCAGGAGAAGGUCUUUCCCAGUGCCCGGAACAACAAUGUUGUUUGGGAGGAAAAAAGUGUGGGCAAGCACUGCUGCCUCGGAGUGAACUCUCUGCUCAUGUGGCAUCGGUGCAUAGGCACAAGUUUGCUCACACGGUUGCUGUCAUGGGGUAGGCUAUUUCCCAGGAGUGUGCAAACCCCUGCACCCUUCUCCCUGGAAGGAUAGAUGCUUUGCUUCUGGUGAGUGCAGUGCAGUGCAGAACAGCACUAUGGAGAAAGGCAUCAGUACAUUUUGGCUUGCAGCCUUGGUACUAGUUCUGAUGAAAAGGACAGCCCUUGUGAAAUCUUUUCUUCAAAUGAAAUACUUGCGGGCAGUUGCCUGAACCAUCUCAACCUUCCCUGGAGUAACACCUGAAUUACCUUGCAGUUUAAUUUUUGUAUCUUGUUGAUGCUGUAUUUGCUGGAAUCCUGCACUUAAAAGUUCCUUAAUUUUGUCCUGUGCCGCCUUUGGUGUUCAGGAGAUCCAGUGUCUGUAGCAUUUCACGAGUCCAAGUUCCCCUCAUUGCUGGUGUAGAGUCCUGUCUACCAUGGCCUCUCCCAAACUUCCCCAGAAAGGACCAAUUUCUUUGAAUUUCUCUGUUGCUUUUGAGAUGGUAGGUUUUCCAGGAAUAAAAGAAUAUUCCACAAUGAGUUUUAAGGUGUGAUUUGUUGAUCAGGCUUUUUCUGGGAAUGAUGAUACUUUGGUGUACAUAGUUGUAAAGCAGCUUCACGUAGAUUGGAUGUGUGAUUCAUUGCUUUUAAUGUAACUGUCCUUGCAGUGAAGCACCUUCAGUGUCUGGGAGGAAUUGGGUUACUAACUAGAUGAGGAUUUUUCCUAUGUGAAGAGCGGUGUUUAAAGUAAUCUAAGAGUUGGUUGGUAUUGACUGACCUCCUCAGCUCUGAGUUGUUGCUGCCUCUGGCAAGCUGAGCCACUGAAAGCACUUUGACCUAGAAAUUCAUGUGUUAAAUGCCAUUGUGUCAGCAGCAUUAAGUCCCUUGGUGCAAGGUGUGAGGUCUGUCUCCUACAGCAGUACUGGGGCAGGGAGAUGCCAGGGUUCAGGGGCAGAACUUAAAUGCUUGUAAGUUCUGAGAUGUAUUUGUCUAGGACUGUGAGCUGCUGUGUCAUCUUUCAAGCACAUCUCUCAGUCAGAAUUGUGCUUUGGAUAGUGAGCCAUGCCAGGAUAAAUUAAUUUAGGGAGGUGCUACAACCUGUUGCUGUAGCAUGGUAGAGCUGUUCCACCAGAGUUUUGCUGGGAGUUUAUUCAUUUGCUUUAAAAGAAGCUAAAUAAAUCAAGAUGCAAAUUCCUAUCACCAUAUUUUAUGUCUGGAUGCUCAUGAGCUUGAGCACUGUCCUGGUAAGAGUUGAAGAUGCUGAUCUCUGUCCUGUCACUGGAUCCAGGAGCUGGCUUCCCUCUGCAGGCUGUGGGGCACAUGGAGGUUUAGAAACUCCUUGGAGCAAAAGCAUUUAUCAUUAUCCCUCACUCUCUGCCUUCAAAGCCUUUUUCCAUCAAGUGGAAGCUUGUUCAGGUGUCUCAGCGAGCUUUUGGUGGCUUGGCAUAUGUUUAAGCCUUGCUAAAACCUCCAAUUUUCUUAACUCUAGAUUGUAUCUGAAGUGUGCACAGUGAUUCAUUCCAAGGCAUCUCUUGUGGGGUGUGCCUGGAUGGGUCUGGCUUUCCUAAUCUCCAAACUACUGCCAGCUUGAGCUGCACAAGUGUUGAGGCUUUCUGCUCAAAUGCUCACUGAAACCAGUUUCUUGGUCUGUGUUCCUGACACAGCUCCCUCCAAACAGCCUUUGGUGUAGCAUCGACUUAUGCAGUCCUAGCUAGUCAACAGCAAGAUGUGAAAACCCACAAACUGCCUUUGAGGAAGAAAUCUGCUUUUGGGAGCAAAGGGAUGAAAGAUGAAGCCCCUAGAGACAGCCAGAGAAGGCUUGCGUUGCUCUGGCAGGAUGCCAGGGUGGACAUCUGGCCCUCCUCCCUGGAAGGAAGCAGUCCAGGGCACUGGGUUCCCUUGAAGUAUGUAUGUGAAUGGAAAACAAGUUGAUGCUCUGCUGUUCCUUGGUGGUGGUUGCAUUUUGUAGCACAUCUGACACAAAAUUGUCACUGCCAAUUGAAGAAUGGCUGGAUAGAAUUCUUCCUCUGCCACCAAUGUCUGGGAGCAAGGAGAGAGGGCAAGUUCUUUACAGUUUCACCUAUUUGUUGUGUGCAAGGACAAUUGGUUUUUAAAUCACUGACGGAAGCACAAGUCAGGUCUGAUCUUAGUUCUGUUCCAGUUUUUAUGUCAAUGGUUUCCAACCACCUAACAGCAAAGCCUGAGCACCACCCUGUGCCAGGUUGUCUUUCUAGAGGGCUCGUAUACUUCUUUCCACUGUGCCGGAUCCUGUAACCACGUGCCUCCUUUCAGGUUAGGUGUCAGCUAUUGUAUCCCUACAGGCACCGUUGCUGAGCAGAUGUGUGCUUGAUAC